CGUGUAUUCGACGUGUGCCUGCCAAUUGAAAUUUACACUUACAUCAUACUCACAUGCCUACUAGAUUCCUACUAUAGUAAACGAAAGUUAAAGCUCUCACUUUCAACUUCGAGGGACCCCCAUAACAUAUGCACGAUGGCACACCUAGCCCCCUCCUCCCAAGCCGCCAUCUUCUCCCCAUCCGUCGCCCGCGCCGCCGCCUCCACCGCCAAAGACUGGUCCUACGUCGACAGCUGGCUACGCAGCAAAUACGCCGGCUCCUCCAAUAACCGCGGGCGACCGCCAGCCUUCGAGCGGAACCCGGAGACUCUCAGAGCUUUGCUCGCGCUCGCCGCCGCCAACGAAGCCGCCGACGAGGACCGCGAACAGCUGUCCCGCCUCGAGGAGGCCGCCCUAGCCGAAGUCGAGGCUGGCGAGCGGGAACUGGAGGCGCGGAGGCAGAAAUCGGAGCAGCAGCAGCCCAGCGACGCCAUCGACGGCGAACUGCUCGCCGCGGACCUGCUAGCAGCCAUCGAGUCGAACCUCGGCAGAGAAGGCGCGGCCGCCCUCGACGCCAUGUCCAACAUGGCCGUCGACCUAGGCGUCGCGUACCCGACGCCCGAGAUCCUGGGGGCCAAGUACGUCGAGUUGCAGGGACGAGCGCUGGAGCUAGAAGACAGCGUCGAGCGCGUGAACCUGCUGCAGCGAUACCUGGACCGCGAGGCUGCGCAGACGGACUCCUUCCUCGAGGAGCUGCGGCGCGGCGACGCCUACCAGCCCGCGCCGGACCUGGCUAAGCAGAACCUCGAGCUCCAGCGCAAGAUCAAAAGUAUCACUAGCAAACUACCCGAACUAAGGCAGCAGGUUGUUGCCCUCGAAAAGUCUAUAGGCCUACCGAGCCUUACCGUCGAGGAUGUGAAGGAGGAUGAGGAUGCCUAUCUCGAAUUGCUAGCCAGGAAGAAGGACCUUGAUGUCCAGGUCAAGGCGUUCGCCGGCCUGCCUCCGGACAUCGAAGCAGCCCGGGUCGAGCUAGAGGCUCUACGUGCCGAGCUUCGCGACGCGACCGACCAGAGAGAUACAAAUUUCGAGAGACUAGUAGAACGCGAGAGCCCUGUUAAGGCCAGGAGAAGACUCUAAUGAUGCUCGUAGCAUAGACGCCAU